CCAGCGCCGAAAUAGAACAAGAACAGCUCUAUCGCCCUCGAAACCCUAGCCCCCAAAUCCACACCGCAGCGAGCAGCCGGUGCUCAGCUCUAUCCUCCCCGCGCCUCCCCCACCCCAAAACAGAGACUCUAAUCGAUUCUUUCUUUGCAGCCGCCUAUCUCCGCUCCCAUCCCUACCCCCCCCCCCCCCCUGCUCGGCUCGCUAGAUCUACAUGAUGGGAGAGGCCAAGGAGAACGACGUCUACGAGGAGGAGCUCCUGGACUACGAGGAAGACGACGACAAGGCCGUUGAUGGCUCCGCCGCCAAGCCCACCGGAGAGGUCGCCAAGAAGGGCUAUGUCGGGAUCCACAGUUCCGGGUUCAGAGACUUCCUGCUCAAGCCAGAGCUGCUUCGUGCUAUCCAGGACUGCGGUUUUGAGCAUCCUUCCGAAGUGCAACACGAGUGCAUCCCUCAAGCAAUUCUUGGAAUGGAUGUCAUCUGUCAAGCAAAAUCUGGGAUGGGGAAGACUGCUGUUUUUGUCCUUUCAUCCCUCCAGCAAAUUGACCCUGUAGCUGGUCAGGUAGCAGCGCUUGUAUUGUGCCACACAAGGGAACUGGCUUACCAGAUAUGUCAUGAAUUUGAGAGGUUCAGCAAAUAUCUGCCCGAAUUAAAAGUUGCAGUCUUCUAUGGAGGAGUUCACAUCAGAAAGCAUAAAGAUUUGUUGAAGAAUGAAUGCCCUCAUAUUGUGGUCGGCACACCGGGAAGGAUACUUGCUCUUGCCAGAGAAAAGGAUCUCUCCUUGAAGAAUGUGAGGCAUUUCAUUCUAGAUGAAUGUGACAAGAUGCUUGAAUCACUUGACAUGCGGAGAGAUGUCCAGGAGAUUUUUAAAAUGACACCUCAUGAUAAGCAGGUCAUGAUGUUUUCAGCAACACUCAGCAAGGACAUUCGUCCUGUAUGCAAGAAAUUUAUGCAAGAUCCGAUGGAAAUUUAUGUUGAUGAUGAGGCAAAGUUGACCCUCCAUGGUCUUGUACAGCACUACAUAAAACUGAGCGAGGCGGAGAAGAACCGAAAAUUGAAUGAUCUCUUAGAUGCUCUUGAUUUCAACCAAGUUGUCAUAUUUGUGAAGAGUGUAAGCAGAGCUGCAGAACUGAAUAAGUUGCUUUGUGAAUGCAACUUCCCUUCAAUCUGCAUCCAUUCUGGGAUGACCCAGGAAGAAAGGUUAACCCGAUACAAGAACUUCAAGGAAGGACACAAGAGAAUUUUGGUGGCUACAGAUUUAGUUGGCAGGGGCAUUGACAUUGAGCGUGUCAACAUUGUGAUAAACUAUGACAUGCCAGACUCAGCUGAUACAUAUUUGCACAGGGUUGGAAGGGCUGGGCGUUUUGGUACAAAGGGACUUGCAAUUACCUUUGUUUCCUCUGCGUCAGAUUCUGAUGUUCUUAACCAAGUGCAAGAAAGGUUCGAGGUGGACAUAAAGGAACUGCCUGAGCAAAUUGACACUUCCACAUACAUGCCAUCGUAAGUGAUGUUCGUUUCCACCACAACACGUUCUCACAUCGCUGCAACUGGGAAGAGGAGAGCAGGAGAGGAGAGCGUGCUGCUGCUAAGUAUGUCGUCUUGAGAUGAUUAGUCAAAUACUUUUGGAAGUAACUGUUAUGGAGGAUUUGUUUGCCUCGUGUAACGUAAAAGUCAGUCGGGACAAUCUGUACUCUAUGUCUGUUUGAGUGCUUGUAGGCGGAUAUGUCUUUAAAGCCGUUCUGUUAGGAUUUUGCUGUCUCAAGUUUGCUUACUGUAUUAGUGACCUA